AUGUUUGCCGACACACGUUUGAUGGUGGCACUUCUGUCGCCGACCAUGCAAGACACCAUAGGAAAGCUUCAAGACUACGUGGAAGAGACAACUCCAAAGCCAAAACCCGUGUUUCGACCGUUUGAAGGGUAUGAGCCCACUUUCAAGCUGCACUACCCUAAGUUUUACAAGAGUCUCACAGAAGGAUUCAAGGAGAACGAGGGCUACACUUAUCUUCCUUCGGACGCCCCGAACUUUUUCAAGAGCCUGAUAUCGCAUGGAGCUCACUCCAAGACAUCGACUAAAAGCAAGUAA